CGCCAUAUUGGUUCCGGUGACGCGAACGUAUUGGAGCGUGUUGAGCAUGUUGGAGCGUGCGACGCGAACAAACCUUAAAUUCGUUCGUGUUACUGAACAUAUUGGAGCACAUGAAUGCAACUGCUCCAACCGCCAUCUUACCUGUGAUCCAAGUGCUCUCUGGGUUAAUUUGGAGCAUGCGAACAAAUCUCAAAUUAUAACUGUUCCAACCGCCAUCUUAUCUGUGAUCCAAGUGCUCUCUCUGGGUUAAUUUGCAGCAUGCGACACGAACAAACCUCUGGUUAUUAUGCUGAUUGUAUGUGAGGUUAGACGCAGUUAGGUAGGUUAAACGCCGAACCAUAUGUCAUUCCAUGUGAGUUUAAUGUUUGUUUGAUACCGGCGUUUUCGCAAAAUGACACAAGUUGCGCAGGAGGAUAACGAAUUAAAGAGAUUGCUCAAUAAUCCAGCCAAGAAUGCUAGCGAAGAUGGAUCCAUGGCACCACCGUUAUCGACUAAUGUGCCGAGACCAAGCACGUCGCAAAGUGCCAACCCACAAUCGAUGAUUCCAAUAACGCCAGUUAAUAGCACGAAAGAAGUUCCAGAGCCUUGUUUACAAAAUGUAGUCUCUACAGUUAAUUUGCAAACAGAACUGAAACUUAUGUACAUUAAUGUAAGAACUAGGAAUUCUGAAUACAACCCAGCUAGGUUUACCGGAUUAAUAAUGAGGAUACAAAAUCCUAGAGCGACAGCGCUAAUUUUCCGCUCUGGUAAAUUAGUAUGUACUGGCGCGAGAAGCGAACAAGAUUCGUUUUUGGCGGCAAAGAAAUUUGCUAGAAUAAUUCAGAAACUUGGAUUCCCUGUUAAGUUUUCCAGUUUUAAAAUACAGAAUAUAGUUGCGACAUGUGAUUUGAAAUUUCCAAUUAAGUUGGAGAUUUUAUAUCAAUGUCAUGGUCAAUUUUCCAGUUAUGAACCAGAGUUAUAUCCUGGUCUGACAUACAGAAUGUAUUCACCUAGAGUUGUAUUAUUAAUAUUUGUAAAUGGUAAAGUUGUAUUAACAGGAGCAAAGAAUAGGACUGAAUUACAAGAUGCAUUAAAUAUUAUAUAUCCGACAUUAAAGAUGUAUAGAAAGCAAUAAUAUUACUUAUUUACAAAAUAAAUGUCAAAUAAAAUAACAAG